ACGUCAUCUAUGUAGAGCUAGAUCUGAACUGAAGUCCGGAAAGUUUUCUCCACUUUGCAGUAUCGAUAUCAGGGAGGGCCGCGACCUGUAGUGAUCCAUCCUUCUGCAGUAGAAACACGUGGCGUAUUGCGUGUAGUCGAGUCCCUGGUACAGUAUCGAUUUAUCGGAAUUUGUCCAAAUGCCGUAUUCCAGCAGUUCCAGUAGCUCAAGUAGUAGCUCAAGUAGUGAUAGUGACGACGAUUUCUUCGCAGGGGCUGCCCUUGGAAUUGCUGCUGUAGGUGUCGGUGGAUUGGCCGGUUUUGCUGCUGGUGCUCAUUCAAGCAAGAAGCAGAAGAAAUUAUUGAAGAAGCAGAAGAAGGCUGCCAAGAAAGGUAAAGUUCACGUAAUCCCUGGAGUACCAGCUGUGCCUGUCGUCGGUGUUCCCGUGGCAGCUCCAUUCGCCAGUGCCGGUAUCACCGCUGGAAUUGCAGGUGUCAGUCUUGGCGUGCAGGCCCCACCACCGGUCGCAUCAUCAGCAACAAGCAUGGCGUAUGGUCAACCACCAAAUCUGGCUUAUGGGCAAGCACCGGGUGCGCCCUACGGUGCGGCUCCCCCUGGGCCUGGAGCAGAUCCAAUGUGGGCCCAGUUCAGUGGAGUUGCUGGUCCUGCCGCACAGAUUGGACCAGAACAACUGCGUGAUUUGCUAACCAGGACUGGCCAUGCUGUCCCAGCGCCAUUCAGCGUGGAGACAUGCCGUGUGAUGAUUGCCAUGUUGGAUCGUGACUACAGUGGCUUCAUGGGAUUCUCCGAAUUUAAGGAGCUCACUACUGUACUUGCUCAGUGGCGUGGAGUGUUCCAAGGUAUCGAUGCUAAUCACUCCGGUAGCAUCGAUUCCAGUGAGCUUGGAAGAGCGCUGACGGGAUUUGGUUACAAUUUCUCGCCAGGAACUCUAUCCGCCAUGAGCAAGCGCUAUGGAAGGCCGCCACGCGGUGAGAUUGACUUUGACAACUUUGUCCUGUGCUGCGUGCGUGUGACAUCCAUGACGAACUUCUUCCGCCGCUACGACACAACGCAAACGGGCAAUGCCACGUUCCCGUAUGAUGCCUUCAUGCAGGGAGUCAUUGGCGGCAUGUAAGCACUGGUCUGUCGUCAUGAUCACUGCAGCACUGGUAAGAUGUUGUGCUAUUCGUACUGUGUGAUCUCUACCAUCCCUAUCUACACUGACUGCAUUCGGACGUUUGCAAGCUGAUCAGCAGCACUCUAGUAUGUGAUUUGCAAUCAGAUGAUGGUUCUAACUCUGUUCCAGACGUAGUAUUUACAAAUGCCUGUUCUUUUACAUGCUCGAUCUCCGGACAACUGCCUUUUCAGAAACCCAUUUUUCUCCCUGUGCAGUUUUGUGAUGUGUGUUGUGCACAACUCUGGCUGCAGACGUAUAUUUUCCCCCUGGUUUCACCUUCCUUGUUUUACUCUGCAUUUUUCCUAUUGCCAAUUCCUGUUUUGUGUGUUUUUACAUAUUUUUUACACGAAGUCUUACUUAUAUUGUUUUACAGUCGGUGGUGCUACACAGCCACUGUUUACCACCUUGUUUUGCCUUCUUCAAUAGUGAUAGUAACCGAUAUAUUCAA